UUUUUUCAGUGCAUCCAAUUUCUGAAGCCAUGGAUAUGGAUGUUUAUUGCUACUCGUCUUCUAUUCCUCAACCCUAAUUAGGGUUAGGCUUUCGCACGCUCAAACCCCACAAGGCCAAAGGUUCGUUCCCGAAACACACUCGGUUUUUUAAACCAUUUUCUUUUUCUUUCCGCAAACCCGCUUUGGCCUCGCCUGGGGUGGCGGCAAGCGCUGUACGCUUCAGCGCAUCUGCCGCUUCUGCUGCCGCCUCCGCCGCCGCCAUAUGGACAGAAGUUCCAUGGCCUCUACCUCGCCUAGACGCCUCCACUCCGUAGCCGAGAUCCUCAAGCUGCUCCAUAGUGUUGGCCACUGCUCCGACCUCGACCUCUCCAACCUGGACUCGACCGGCAGUGACAGUCUUGGAUGCCAGUUCGAUCGGAUCCUUUCUUCCUUCCUCAAGAAUAUCUGCAAGAAUGGUCAGAUCCGGUCACUGCCUGCCACGCUUCUCGACGGGAGUCCCAUCGAUCUAUUCAAGCUCUACUCCAUGGUGCAAAGGGAAGGUGGCUAUGGUGCGGUGUCAAAGGAGUGCAAAUGGAAAUCAGUAGCAGAGGCAAUGGGAUUGGAUCCGUGUAUGGAGAUGUCGUUGAAAUUGGUCUUCCUUAAUUACCUGCUGGAACUGUGGCUUCAAAUAUCAGAGAACAAAAUGGAAAAUCGUGAACCAAAGCGACACAAGAAUGCUGGCACUUCUUUUGUCAGCUCAAGUUCUUGUAAAACUAUAAACUAUAAGAUGGUUGGUGAGCCCAUGCCACCUUUAAAUACAAAUAAAGACCAAUUCUCGACAACACUUGUUGAUGCUAAGAGCAAUGCCAAGGAUGUUGUAACCUUGGGAGGAUUCGUUGCUAAUGGAGGAAGUAACCAUAAGAAGAGGAAGAAACAACCUCUGGCUCCAAUGCUUAAUUGGCUAAGGAAAGUAGCAACAAAUCCAUUUCAUCCUUCUUUGGCAAACACCUUGACAUCAAACACGAGCAAAAACAAUUCAUCUGAAGUUGGGAAGCUCUAUGCUCAAGCACUUUUAGCUGCCCAAGCGAGGUCUUUCCGAAGAAGAAGUAGUAGAUCAAGUCCAAAUUUGUUGCCUUUGCAGGUUGGUAGCACUGAACAGAGUAAAGCAGCCAGAAGCAAUGAGAAGCUUCAGUCUGAAAGGUGGCUUUCUAGAGAUCUGCAAAGAGCUAAGAUACCUAUUGGUGCAAAAUUUCAAGCAGUAAUCCCAGAUUGGAUAGGCAGACCUCCUAUUGGAAGGGGGAGGCAAAAUACCUGUCAGUGUGAACGACCACAAUCUGCAGAAUGUGUUAGAUGCCACAUUGCAGAAAAAAGGCAACAACUAAAAUGUGAACUUGGCAGGGCUUUCCAUGAUUGGGGAUUUGAAAGUAUGGGUGAGGAAGUUGCAUUUUCAUGGACUGAGGAAGAAGAAAAAAAGUUUCGGGAUAUAGUUUUUAAGAAUCAGCCAUCUCUAAACAAGAAUUUUUGGGAGGAGCUUAACCUCAAUUUUCCUUAUAAGACAAAGAAAAGCUUAGUUAGCUACUAUUUCAAUGUGUUUCUCCUGGGAUGGAGGAGGUACCAGAACUAUGUUACUCCAAAAAAUAUUGACAGUGAUGAUGAAGUAACCGAGUUUGACUUCACCAGUCAUUCUUUUCAAAAUCACUCGGCUUCCGAAUGGGCAAUGGAUAUAGAUGAAGAUGAUGGUCAAAUGUUGCAUUGAAGUCCAUUUAAUGUGGGAAUUUUUGGGUGACCGUUGCUACAUUGUGAAAUACAAUUAAGGAAUUUUGGUAGUUCAUUGGUUUGAACUUUGGCAAUUACCUGUGAUUCAGAGCUUUCCAAAGGUGCGGCCGGAUGAGAAUAGUGGUGGUUAGAGACGAGCUAUUUUGCACGAUAUUGGAGGUAUGCUGCAUUUAGUGUUCUGCUAUGAGUAUCUUGUUUGACAUUUUUUUUCCUUUAUAGCAAAAGAAAAUGUCAAAAAAUUGUUCCCACAAUCGAUCUAACUCUUAAGGUAAUUGGCUUUGCUAUUAUUUUUUUCUCAA